AUGGCCUCCAAAUUUACUCGAAAAUCUUGGUGCUUUAAGGAUUCCCUUUCAUCCUCACCGGUGAUCAAGUUUAAUAAUGCGAUUUCUCUGAAAAUGAAUGAAACAAUUAGUACAAAAGGCAAUUACAUUGGCUCAGGUGAUCACCUACUAUACUUCAACCCAUCUUUUGCAGAAUUGAGUUCAGACGGGUACUUCGAAUAUCAGACUCCGUCAGCUUUGCUGGAAAGUUCAGUCCCUUUUUUACGAAGAAUGUGGGCGAUGGGUUCCAUAUGUUUUAACUCGCGACUGAAAUUAGGACUUGAUUACGAAUGUGUCGAGAAUAUCAAGUUUAUAAAGAAGAUUCAAGGAAAUUACUUCGUUUCAGUUUUAAGAGAAAUACGAGACCAAGGUUCCACCUCCGACAAACCGCUUAUCAAGGAGAUUAGAACUCUAAUAUAUUGCAACUCUCCUCAUUCACAGGUGGAAUCAAUCUCUAAAAAUCUAAACUAUACGUAUAAAAUUCCAAUAUCUUUCAGUGACCUUGAUAUAUUCCGGCAUUGCGCUUUGACUUACAAUUCCCACAGAAUUCACUGGGAUCUUGAAUAUUGCCAAAAAGUAGAGGGAUAUCAUGACAUUGUGACGCCGGGCCCACUUAUCCUGCAUACUCUGCUGAAAUAUGUAGAGUCCGAACUCGGAUUACAGAUCCAAUCGAUUCAAUACAAGAACACAAACUGUGUUUAUCGAGGGACAGAAUUAGAGAUGUGUGUGACCCAGAUUUGCGAUGGCCAUUGGCUGGCCCUAAUCACAGACGCAAAAGAUCCAAAUCUGGCGUAUUUUGAAGCUUCACUAAGAGUCUCUUAA